AUGAGCUACACGAUGGAGCCCUUGGGCAACCCCUCGUACCGGCGGGUGACCGAGACCCGGGCCACCUACAGCCGUGCCAGCGCCUCCCCGUCCAGCGGCUUUCGCUCGCAGUCGUGGUCGAGGGGCUCCGGCAGCACCGUGUCGUCCUCCUACAAGCGCCCCAACCUCGGAGCCCCCCGAGGCCCCUACGGCUCCACGGUGCUGAGCUCCGCUGACAGCCUCGACGUGAGCCAGUCGUCGCUGCUCAACGGGGCGGCCGAGCUGAAGCUGAGCCGCUCCAACGAGAAGGAGCAGCUGCAGGGGCUCAAUGACCGCUUUGCCGGCUACAUCGAGAAGGUGCACUACCUGGAGCAGCAGAACAAGGAGAUCGAAGCGGAGCUGGCGGCCCUGCGGCAGAAGCACGCCGGCAGGGCGCAGCUGGGUGAUGCCUAUGAGCAGGAGCUGAGGGAGCUGCGAGGAGCCCUGGAGCAGGUGAGCCACGAGAAGGCGCAGAUCCAGCUGGACUCGGAGCACAUCGAGGAGGACAUCCAGCGCCUGCGGGAGCGCUUCGAGGACGAGGCGAGGCUGCGUGAUGAGACAGAGGCCACCAUCCGCGCCCUGCGCAAGGAGAUGGAGGAGGCCUCGCUCAUGCGGGCGGAGCUGGACAAGAAGGUGCAGUCGCUGCAGGACGAGGUGGCCUUCCUGAGGGGCAACCAUGAGGAGGAGGUGGCUGAGCUGCUGGCGCAGCUGCAGGCAUCCCACGCCACGGUGGAGAGGAAGGACUACCUGAAGACCGACCUCACCACAGCACUGAAGGAGAUCCGCGCCCAGCUGGAGUGCCAGUCCGACCACAACAUGCACCAGGCCGAGGAGUGGUUCAAGUGCCGCUAUGCCAAGCUGACAGAGGCAGCUGAGCAGAACAAGGAGGCCAUCCGCUCUGCCAAGGAGGAGAUCGCCGAGUACCGGAGGCAGCUGCAGUCCAAGAGCAUCGAGCUGGAGUCGGUGCGCGGCACCAAGGAGUCACUGGAGAGGCAGCUGAGCGACAUCGAGGAGCGCCACAACAACGACCUCACCACCUACCAGGACACAAUUCAUCAGCUGGAAAAUGAGCUUAGGGGAACAAAGUGGGAAAUGGCACGUCACCUGAGGGAAUACCAGGAUCUCCUCAAUGUCAAGAUGGCCCUGGAUAUUGAAAUUGCUGCGUACAGGAAGCUGCUGGAGGGUGAAGAGACAAGAUUCAGUGCCUUCUCUGGAAGCAUUACUGGGCCCAUAUUCACACACAGACAACCAUCUGUCACAAUAGCAUCAACUAAAAUACAGAAAACAAAAAUCGAACCACCAAAGCUGAAGGUCCAGCACAAAUUCGUAGAAGAAAUCAUUGAAGAGACAAAAGUAGAGGAUGAGAAGUCUGAAAUGGAAGAUGCCCUAGCAGCUAUUGCAGAAGAAAUGGCAGCGAAGGCCCAGAAAGAAGAACAGGAGGAGGAAAAGGCAGAAGAAGCUGCAGAGGAAGAAGUUGUUUCUGAGAAGGCGGCCGCAGAACAGGCAGCUGCACCUGAGGAAGAAGAGAAGGAGGAAGAGGCAGAGGAGGAAGAAGCUGCGAAAUCUGAUGCAGCAGAAGAAGGAGGCUCUGAAAAAGAAGAGAUAGAGGAAAAGGAAGAAGGGGAGGAGGCUGAGGAAGAAGCUGAGGCCAAGGGCAAAGCUGAAGAGGUAGGAGCGAAGGUCGAGAAGGUCAAAACACCUCCCGCAAAGUCACCCCCUAAAUCCCCCCCUAAAUCCCCUGUAACCGAGCCGGCCAAGGGAGUCCAGAAAGAACCUGCUGCAGAAGCAGGAAAGGAACAGAAAGUGGAGAAAGGUGCUGAGAAGGCAGCCAAGGAGGAAGAGAAAGCAGCAUCUCCAGAGAAGCCAGCCACACCAAAGGUAACCUCUCCGGAGAAGCCCGCAACACCGGAGAAGCCUGCAAGCCCAGAAAAGCCUGCAAGCCCAGAGAAGCCCGCGACCCCGGAGAAAGCAGUGACCCCAGAGAAAGCAGUGACCCCGGAGAAGCCGGCGAGCCCGGAGAAGCCCCGGUCUCCAGAAAAACCAGUAACCCCUGAGAAGCCCCGCUCUCCAGAAAAGCCAGCGACCCCAGAGAAGCCCCGCUCUCCGGAGAAGCCAGCUUCCCCAGUCAAAGACGAAAAGGCCAUGGUGGAGGAGACCGUCACCGUCACGAAGGUAACAAAAGUUAGCGCAGAGGUUGAGGCCUCCAAGGAGUCCAGGAAAGAAGACAUUGCAGUGAAUGGUGAGGUGGAGGAAAAGAAGGAGGAGGAAUCCAAAGAGGAGGAGGAAGACAAGGGGGUGGUCACCAAUGGCCUAGACGUGAGCCCAGUUGACGAUAAGGGUGAGAAAAUCGUGGUAACCAAAAAAGCAGAGAAAAUCAUUAGUGAAGGAGGGGACAGUACAACCACAUACAUCACAAAGUCUGUGACAGUCACUCAGAAGGUAGAGGAACAUGAAGAAAGCUUUGAGGAGAAAUUAGUGUCCACCAAGAAAGUGGAGAAAGUUACUUCACAUGCUGUAGUAAAAGAGAUUAAAGAGUGA